ACUGUAUGUCUAGCUCUCCCUCCAUUCCUAGCUUGUAUUCAUGUUUUGGUUGAUUGAUUUAUUGGUGAAGAGUGGAUUUCGUUGUUUGUAUUGGUUUCGUUGCGUCCGUAUGUUGAUGUCAAAUUUUGAAGGAGUUGUUGUUUCUGAUUAUUGGCUUCAAAGUCAGUUUACUCAAGUUCAACUUCGUAGCCUUAAAUCCAAGUUUGUAGCAUUGAAGAAUCAACAUGGUCAAGUACUUUUUGGUGACUUGCCGGCCUUUUUCGUGAAAUUAAAGCCUUUUAGUGAGAUACUUGAGGAGGAUGAACUGAGAAAUAUAGUAUGUGCAUCUGGUAUUGAUACCAAUAGUGAAGUCAACUUUGAAGCAUUCCUCAAGGCUUAUGUGACUCUAGAAUCAGAAGCUGCAAAAAAAUCUGGUGAUUCAAAAAGCCCGUCUGCAUUUCUUAAUGCGACAACCACGACACUUCGUCACACUAUUGAAGAAUCAGAAAAACAAUCUUAUGUUGCUCACAUCAAUAGCUAUCUUAGAGAUGACCCAUUCAUGAAGCAGUUUCUUCCUAUAGAUCCUGCUACGGAUGCGUUGUUUGAUCUUGCUAGAGAUGGAGUUCUCCUAUGUAAACUUAUCAAUGUGGCCGUGCCCAAUACAAUCGAUGAGCGAGCUAUCAACACAAAGAGGAUACUCAACCCGUGGGAAAGAAAUGAAAAUCAUACCCUUUGCCUGAAUUCUGCCAAGGCUAUUGGAUGUACAGUCGUCAAUAUUGGCACCCAGGAUCUGGUGGAGGGAAGACCUCAUCUGGUGCUUGGCCUAAUAUCUCAAAUUAUAAAGAUUCAACUCCUGGCGGAUCUCAAUCUUAGGAAGACACCGCAGCUUGUGGAAUUGGUGGAGGACAAAAAUGAUAUAGAGGAGCUCAUGGGAUUAGCACCUGAAAAACUUCUGUUAAGAUGGAUGAACUUCCAUCUCAAGAAAGCAGGCUACAAGAAACCUGUAACCAAUUUCUCGUCUGAUCUUAAGGAUGGAAAAGCUUAUGCAUACCUGCUUAAUGUUCUUGCACCAGAAUAUGGAGGCCCAGCCGCUCUUGAUGCCAAAGAUCCUACUGAAAGGGCAGAUUUGGUACUUGACCAUGCUGAGAAAAUGGACUGCAAAAGAUACUUAACUCCAAAGGACAUAGUGGAAGGCUCAGCAAAUCUAAACCUUGCAUUUGUUGCUCAAAUAUUUCACCAAAGGAAUGGUCUGUCUACUGACAGCAACAAAAUCUCAUUUGCUGAGAUGAUGACAGACAAUGAGCAAAUAUCUAGAGAAGAAAGGUGUUUCAGACUCUGGAUCAAUAGUCUUGGGAUUUCUUCUUUCAUCAACAAUUUGUUUGAGGAUGUUAGAGACGGAUGGGUACUUCUGGAAGUUCUUGACAAGGUUUCUCCAGGUUCAGUUAACUGGAAGCAAUCAACAAAACCUCCUAUUAAGAUGCCUUUCAGAAAAGUCGAGAACUGCAAUCAAGUUAUUAGGAUAGGAAAGCAGUUAAAGUUCUCGGUUGUGAACUUGGAAGGAAAUGACUUCGUUCAAGGGAACAAGAAACUAAUAAUUGCUUUCUUGUGGCAAUUGAUGAGAUUUCAUAUGCUUCAACUUUUAAAGAAUUUGAGAUCACGAUUUCAAGGGAAGGAGAUUACGGAUGCAGAUAUUUUAAAAUGGGCAAAUAGAAAAGUGAAGAACACGCGGGGAACGACCCAGAUGGAAAGUUUCAAGGAUAAGCGCCUUUCAAACGGAAUAUUCUUCCUUCAGCUUUUGAGUGCAGUAGAGCCUAGGGUUGUCAACUGGAACCUUGUAACCAAGGGUGAAAGUGAUGAGGAAAAGAAGCUAAAUGCAACUUAUAUCAUCAGUGUUGCACGGAAGCUUGGGUGCUCAAUAUUCUUAUUGCCCGAAGACAUAAUAGAGGUGAACCAAAAGAUGAUACUUGUGCUUACAGCCAGCAUUAUGUAUUGGAGCAUGCAACAGUCUAGUGAUGAGGAAUCAUCCCCGUUAUCAGUUGCUGAAACGCCUGAAGCAUCUACAGAACCUUCUGUUAACGGGGAUGAUGAUCAUUCUCUUGGUCCCGAGAUCUCAAACCUGUCAAUGAAUGAUGCAGCAUCUGAUUCUACGGUUACAUCGCCAAUAGAACACAGUGACACUUUGUAGCAAGAAUAAUGCCUUGUUUUCUGUUUGUAAAAACUGUGAAUAGAGAAAACAGGAGGGAAGGUAGAAUAUGAUACAUAAAAUAAAUGUUUUCAUUUACGUAUAUGCAUAUAUAUUUGGGUA